AUGUCGUCCGAUGCGAGUCUUCGCCGGCCCAAGCAGCGCCGCAUUUCGCGGGCCUGCGACUACUGCCAUCGCCGGAGCAUCCGCUGCCGCCCGUCCGAGGACGGCUCGGGCUGCCAGAACUGCAGAGACUUUGCCCAGACCUGCACGUAUCACCGGACGCCGCGGCGGCGAGGCGUACCCGCUCGAGGCAGUGGGGGAGCCUCGGCCAACCGAAGCUCGGCGGAGGGACUGCCGGAUGUGAAGCUGUCGAGAUCGCCGUCGCAGGGCGACUUGCACAUCAUCCCGGAGGUGCAGCACGCCAGUCUCGGCGCCGGCUCUGAUGCCUCGCCCCGGCUGUCGUCGACGGCCUGGCGGGCGCCGUACAUUGUCAGCCAGGCCACUGUGGUGGACCUUGUUGACCUCUACUUUGAAAUUGUCUAUCCCAUCUUCCCCUUCUUCCACCAGCCGUCCUUCACCCGCAAGAUCUCUCGCGCGGAAUACAACUACAAUAAGCCGCUCUUCGCUACCACCAUGGCUGUGUGUGCUCUGGUGAGCGGCCGAGUCCGCGACGGCUCAGUCAUGAAUCCGAGGUGGGAUGUCCAAGCCCUGCAGAGAGAGACGCUGCCGGACACGUUCUAUGCCGAGGCCAAGAGGCAACUACUAGAUGACGGCUGUGAGAGUUCUGAUUUCAAUAUCCUCCGCGGCCACGCCAUCAUGGCCAUUACUGCUAUUCAAAAUGGCAAGAUCCGGGAAAUGCAUCAUCAUAUUGGCAUCUAUCAUACACUCAUGGACAUGGAUGGACUCCAUGACGAGGUCAACUGGCCCUCUGGCAUUGGAAUUAUCGAAAGGGAAGAAAGGAGAAGAAUGUUUUGGUCCAUUUAUACGCUUGACAUUUUCACAUCGGUGGUCUGGGGCGGUGUCAUCCGAUCUCGUGAACAGCAGUCAAACGUUACUUACCCAGCAGAAGUGGAUGACCAGUAUAUCAGCGACGGAGGCAUUGCCCAGCCCGGCUUCUCUCCCAGUGGCCUGAGCCCUCCUAUAGCUCGGCUAGUCUUGACUGCACAGUCUGAUUGUUGGAUAUCUGGCUGGAACUUCAUCACUGAUCUUUACCGAGUGCUGGAGCAUGCUCUGGCACGCUUUCGGGAUCGGAGAAGGUCGUUCAUGUCUGAAAUCAUUGACGAUCAAUCCACAGUGACUGAGACAUCAAUCCGCAACAAGGUACUCCAGAUGUACCUGAAUCUUCCCGAAUGUUUCAAGCACACCCCUGCUAUGGCGUUCAAUCAGAAACAAGAUCUCUUCGGCUUCCAGGCGGCCAACAUCACCGCCAGCCUUCAGCUUCUUCGGAUCGUAUUAUUUGCAGCCGGCGGCGCCAGCAUCGCAGAACGCUGCGAUAUCGCCUCCGACGUGGUGGAUGCUUUCAACUCUAUUCCCGUACAAUACUGCUUAGCCAUAAGCAAGCCGCUCCUACACCAUCUAGGCGGAAUAGGCUCUAUUCUGGGCUCUGUCUUCGAGGAGCGCCUUAGCGAGGCAGAGUACACCCGGGUGAGAUCGGUCAUGCUAUCAAUGGCUCGGCUUCUGGAGAACCUCGAGACAAUACACCGUAGCUCAUGUGCCAGCGAGAAUCUUCGAUCUCAAGUGUCUCGUAUCGACGAGUACAUGUCCACUCAACGUCAGCACCAAAGGCCGCCUCUUGAGGAAACUCCGGUGAAUACCACGGCGCAGCCAGUGCUGCCUCCAGUCAAUGGUACAAGAAGUGCUCCUCCACCACCUUACGAGCAUGUUGGCUCAGAGAUAGCAGGCGACUGGUCGUUCCAAGUACCUCCUGAUUUGUUAGGCGACCUGACUUGGAAUUUCGACUUUGGUCCCGUGUGGACUUGA